AUCAUCCUAAACCACUCCUACCACUAUAUUUAUACUGCAAGCGGGCAAAAUCAUGCCAAACGUACUUUCCGAGUAUAAGAAGACACACAUCAUAAUAGAAUCUGGAAAAUGGCUGCUAAAACUUCAUCUAUGGACGAGGAGCUCUCUUGUUGCAUUUGCUCUGAUUUCUUCAGGGAUCCUGUCGUCCUGAAGUGUGCCCACAGCUUCUGUGGAGCCUGUCUGCAGAGGUUCUGGGCACAGAACAGCUCUCGGGAGUGUCCACUGUGCCGGAGGAAAUCCUCUGUGGGCGAUCCCCCUCUCAACAUCGUCUUAAGAAACGUUGUGGAACUGUAUUCAAAGCAAAGGAGUGAAAGAGAGGUGGUAGAGAAGAGUGCAUCUCGCUGCAGUCUCCAUGGAGAGAAAAUUCUGCUCUUCUGUAUAGAAGACCAGGAGCCCAUCUGUGUGGUGUGUCUCACUGCAAAGAAACGGAGAAACCACCAACUCUGUCCAGUGGAAGAAGCUGUGCAGGAUAAGAAGAAGGACCUCAGGGCUUCACUGAUUUUAUUAAAGGAAAAGCUGGAGAAGUUUACAAAAGUUAAGCAAGAGUUUGAGGAAACAGCCAAACACAUCAAGAGUCAGUCCCAGCAAACCGAGAAGAGGAUAAAGGAGGAAUUUGAGAAACUCCAUCAGUUCCUGAGAGAGGAAGAGGAGGCCAGACUGUCUGUACUGAGAGAGGAAGAGGUGCAGAAGAGCAAGAGGAUGAAGGAUGAGAUAGAAAACAUCUCCCAACAGGUCUCCACCCUGUCAGAGAAGAUCAGAGAUAUUGAGAAGNGACUCCCUUCAGACCCCACAGCAUCACUCACUCCUGCCUGUCUUUGCAGAGCCCAGUGCUCACUACAGUACCCAAAGCUGCCUUCAGGGGCACUGAUAGAUGUGACCAAACACCUGGGCUCUCUGAGGUUCAAAGUCUGGGAGAAGAUGCUGGAGAUUGUGCAGUACACUCCUGUGACUCUAGACCUGAACACUGCACACCCCUGGCUCUCUGUGUCUGAUGAUCUAACCAGUCUGAGAGACACUGGAGUUAAACAGCAGUUACCCGACAACCCCGAGAGGUUCACUCAUUAUGUGAAUGUGCUGGGCUCUGAGGGGUUUAACUCAGGAAAACGCAGCUGGGAGGUGACAGUGGGGGACAAACCUGAGUGGGAUGUAGGAGUGGUAAAGGGAUCCGCCAUGAGGAGGGGGAAGUUUACAUGCAGCCCACAGAAUGGAUUCUGGGUAAUAGGUCUGCGGAAUGGUGAUGAGUACAAAGCAUUCACUUCACCAUCAACCCGCCUGAGAGUGAAGUGGAAACCGCGGAGGAUCAGAGUGCAGCUGGACUAUGACAGGGGGGAGGUGUCCUUCUUCAACCCUGCUGACAUGUCACUCAUCUACACCUUUAAAGACAGGUUCACUGGGACCCUGUUUCCAGUUUUCUCUCCAUGUGUGAAUAAUAAAGGAAGCAACACUGGAGCCCUGAAGAUCUGCCCAGUAAGGCUGUCUGUGACAGCGGAGUCUGAUCGAGUCCUCAUAUACCAGUAAAGGUGCCUGUGACAAUGAUGUUAUUACAGUAAAUUUGUCUGUAACAAUGUCAUCCCAGUUAAGGUGCCAGAACCAGUUCUAAUGUCCCAGUAAAGGUGUCUGUGACAGUGAUGUUAUUCCAAUAAAUACAUAUGUGACAUUGAUGUCAUCCCAGUAAA